GAGGAUGAAGGUAUAAAUAUUUCAGUGUGUCAUUAGAUAUACCAGAUACCCGAGUCACAUCAUCCAGGACAGAGGAACAUUCAGAGAGCUCAACUAUUCUGAUUCUCUUAAGGUCUCAUUUGUUUCCAUGAAAGUAAAAUAGUGACUAAUAUAUUAAUAAUGACUCUAAUGCAAAUGUUUGUGACAUUUUGGGAGAGUUACCAGAAAAGUGAUUCGGUUUUACAGCCUGUGUGGGAUUACCUGCGACUCAACCACUUUGACACGCUUCGAUCUCCUCUCUUUCCUGUGAUUCUGACUGUAGCAUCAUACUUUGUUCUUUGUCUGCCCUACCUAGUAUGCGACGUUAUGGGAGAUAAUUGGCCAGCUAUUUACCAGUACAAGAUCCAGCCUGGCAAGAUGGCUACACCUGCAAUGCUCCUACACUGCAGUGGAGUUACCCUUUAUAAUCAUUUACUUCUGGUGUUUCCUGCAGCAGUAGCUCAGUGGUUGUGGAGACCUCCCAUACCUCUGCCCGAACAAGCACCUACAUUACUAGAACUUGCAGUUGGGGUGGCCGGAAACCUUCUCCUUUUUGACUUUCAGUACUUUAUAUGGCACAUUUUGCAUCACAGGAUACAGUGGCUGUAUGCCACUUUCCAUGCCAUUCACCACAUUUACUCUGCUCCCUUUGCUUUGGCCACACAGUGCCUUGGAGGGUGGGAGCUGGUUACAGUGGGUUUUUGGACCACACUCAACCCUGUUUUGCUGAGAUGUCACCUUCUCACCACCUGGGCAUUCAUGGUGGUCCAUGUGUAUGUAUCUGUGGAGGACCACUGUGGAUAUGAUUUUCCCUGGUCCACAUCACGCCUGAUUCCUUUUGGUGUUUAUGGAGGUCCGAGCAAGCAUGAUGUACACCACCAAAAGCCUAAUACUAACUUCGCUCCACAUUUUAGCCACUGGGACAAACUGUUUGGGACUCAUACGGAUUUUAGUUUUGUUAAACCUAAGUGAUGAACAUGAGUUUUAUUUUUCCUGUAUGUAUGGAGUUUAAAAUAAUUAAGUCAGGGUACAUUUUGCUUUUUUGUGUUACGAAACCAAACCAAGCAUGGUAAACCAGUGUGAAAAGAGUUAAAACCACAACCCUGUACAGAGGGUACCUGCAACAGGAAGAGGUUUAGCAGU